GCCAUGGCGUUGAAGAUGGUGAAGGGCAGCAUCGACCGCAUGUUUGACAAGAACCUACAGGACCUGGUGCGCGGAAUCCGCAACCACAAGGAGGAUGAGGCAAAAUACAUCUCCCAGUGCAUCGAUGAGAUCAAGCAGGAGCUAAAGCAGGAUAACAUUGCAGUGAAAGCAAAUGCCGUCUGCAAACUUACAUAUUUACAGAUGCUGGGCUAUGACAUCAGUUGGGCUGCUUUCAAUAUUAUUGAAGUCAUGAGUGCAUCAAAGUUUACAUUCAAACGAAUCGGUUACCUAGCUGCCUCUCAGUGCUUUCACGAAGGGACUGAUGUAAUUAUGUUGACUACUAAUCAGAUCCGAAAGGAUCUGAGUAGCCCUAACCAGUAUGAUACUGGAGUUGCACUGACUGGCUUGUCCUGUUUUGUUACUCCAGAUCUUGCCAGGGACUUGGCAAAUGACAUCAUGACACUGAUGUCUCAUACAAAGCCUUAUAUCAGGAAGAAGGCAGUGUUAAUCAUGUACAAAGUUUUUUUGAAAUACCCAGAGUCCCUCCGUCCCGCAUUUCCUCGCCUUAAAGAGAAACUUGAAGAUCCAGAUCCUGGUGUGCAGUCUGCUGCAGUAAAUGUUAUUUGUGAGCUGGCUCGACGCAAUCCCAAAAACUACCUUUCCCUUGCUCCACUCUUUUUCAAGUUGAUGACGUCGUCAACCAAUAAUUGGGUUCUCAUUAAAAUUAUAAAACUGUUUGGUGCUCUUACUCCAUUAGAACCUAGGCUGGGAAAGAAACUGAUUGAGCCUCUGACCAACCUCAUCCAUAGCACCUCAGCCAUGUCUCUCUUAUAUGAAUGUGUGAACACAGUAAUAGCAGUCCUGAUCUCGCUGUCCUCUGGGAUGCCCAAUCACAGCGCCAGCAUCCAGCUUUGUGUUCAGAAGUUAAGGAUAUUGAUAGAAGAUUCGGACCAGAACUUGAAAUACCUGGGACUGUUAGCUAUGUCCAAAAUCCUGAAAACGCAUCCUAAGUCAGUUCAGUCUCACAAGGAUCUCAUUCUCCAAUGUCUGGAUGACAAAGAUGAGUCUAUCCGACUCAGAGCUUUAGAUCUGCUGUAUGGCAUGGUAUCAAAGAAGAACUUGAUGGAGAUAGUGAAGAAACUGAUGAUUCACGUGGAUAAAGCAGAAGGGACGACAUACCGGGAUGAGCUGCUGACCAAAAUCAUAGAUAUUUGUAGUCAGUCCAAUUAUCAAUAUAUCACAAACUUUGAAUGGUACAUAAGCAUCUUGGUGGAGCUGACCCGGUUGGAAGGGACGCGGCAUGGGCAUCUUAUAGCAGCUCAGAUGUUAGAUGUAGCUAUCAGAGUUAAAGCCAUUCGUAAAUUUGCAGUUUCUCAAAUGGCCAUGCUUCUGGACAAUGCUCAUCUCAUAGCCAGCAACACCCAGAGAAAUGGGAUCUGUGAGGUGCUUUAUGCUGCUGCUUGGAUAUGCGGGGAGUUCUCCGAACACCUUGAAGAAGCGAACCAAACUUUAGAAGCAAUGUUGAGGCCUAAAGUUACAACUCUGCCAGGCCACAUCCAGGCAGUUUAUGUCCAGAACAUGGUGAAGCUCUAUGCCUCCAUCCUGCAGCAGAAAGAGCAAUCUGGGGAAAAGGAAGCAGCUCAGGAAAUUACACAGCUGAUGAUUGAGCGUUUGCCUCAGUUUGUGCAGAGUGCAGAUCUAGAAGUUCAGGAGAGGGCUUCUUGUAUCUUGCAACUAAUAAAAUACAUUCAGAAGCUACAAAUAAAAGAAGUACCUGUAGCUGAGGAAGUAAUUGCCCUGUUUGCUGGUGAGCUGAACCCAGUGGCUCCUAAAGCACAGAAGAAAGUCCCAGUUCCGGAGGGCUUGGACCUGGAUGCCUGGAUCAAUGAACCUCCAUCAGACAGCGAGUCUGAAGAUGAAAAGCCCAAAACAAUUUUUCAUGAUGAGGAACAAAGGCAUUCCAGACACAGACAGCCAGAAAUAGAUGAAGAGGAACUGGCCAGA